AUGGUUGCAUUUGGCUGGCUCCCUCUCUGUUUCACUGUGAUGUUCCUUUGCCCAGUCAGUUUGGGGGAGCUGCUGUUGGAGCCCCUGGCUCGGGAGAAGGCUUUUCUAAAAGCGUUGGGUUUACAGAACAGGCCCCGGCCCUCUGAGCCCAGGCCUGUGCCAGCUCGGUUCUGGAAAAUGUACCACAGGAGGUCCAGGCCCCUCGCCCACCAGGACGACCAGGCGGGAGCUGACCCGUGCCGAGUGGAUGAGCUGGGGGUGGAUGGAGACACAGUCCGUCAUCUUCCUGAUCUGGGGGGCCCAAUCUCUGGCCUGGGAUCCCAGCCGUGGCUGUGCUCUCGGAGAAGACUCUACUUCAACCUGUCGGUGCUGCAAGAGGCGGAGGAGCUGACGUUGGCCCAGCUGGAGCUGAGUCUCCCGGGAGGGCCGUACCCACUCCCUGGGACAGCAGGGGAAACCUGCACCCUGUCCCUCUGGAAGGUGGGAGUGACUCCCCACUCCAGGCCGAGCCUCAUCUCCUCACAGUCCUUCCAGAACCUUCACGUCUCCCUCAACUUCGACCUGACCACCAGCUCCAGGGCCUGGAGGCAGCGCAGCGGUAACCCGGGUGCCAUCCUGGAGGUGGGCAGCCCCACGACGGGAGGCCGGCAGGUAGCGGGCUCGGCCUGUGCCCCCCUCGGCCUGGCCCUGCGCGCCUCUCUGCUGGUGGUGAGCCUGAACCGGGAGAGAUGCCGGACGUCAAGGAGGAAGAGGAGCUCCUUCCACCUGCCUCCGGCCUUCAGCCGAGUCUGCAAACGCAGGAGGCUCCACAUCCAGUUCAGGGACGUGGGCUGGCAGCACUGGAUCAUCGCGCCCCAGGGCUACAUGGCUAACUAUUGCCACGGGGAGUGCCCUUACCCACUCAGCGAGAGCCUGAAUGGCACCAACCACGCCAUUCUGCAAACUCUGGUGCAUGCCACUGACCCUGAGGACACUCCCCAACCCUGCUGUGUACCCAUUAAACUCUCCCCGAUCUCCAUGCUCUAUUAUGAUAACAAUGACAAUGUUGUCCUGAGACAUUACGAUGAAAUGGUGGUGGAUGAGUGCGGUUGUCGAUGA